AUGCUGCCCAGCUCUGCCUAUUCAUGCCGUAACCCCCCGAGCGAAGACGAGUACAAGUACGACCGAAGUUUCAGUGUGUUACAUGAACCCGUUGGGUUGGAUCGGUUGCACACUCCCACCUACCAGCAACUGGACGAGAAGUCUCUUUUCUUCGACUCGGCUCAACUAUGGUUGGGUAGGUUCCAGGUGACAGCAACCGUCUGUGUUGCUGUUUCCCAGGACCGCCGUCGACUGACUCUGGCUGGCCGCGACGUGUCCACUCGUCUGUGCUACAACCUUUUCCCUCUUCUAGACAGGAGCAAGGGUGACGGACAUCCACAACCGGACCUGACGGUCUGUUUGCCAGCAACUCUCGCCAUGGCUUCUGAUGAAGACACUGUUUCAAGGAGAAGGAACAAGGAGAAAGCCAUCGGUUCCAUCACCUGCCGUCCGAGGCAAAUGCCUUGUUUCGGCGGGUGA